GUUCGAUUCCGGUGUGUGUAACGGAGAGGUUGCGCAGGUUCCACUGUGAAAGAUGAAAAGAGAAUGGUUCUGCGAAGAGCAGCAAUGGUGGCUGUGCUGCUCUGCGUCCACACCUUUGGCGGUCAUUUCACGACCACCAAUUACCGCCAAUUGAAAUGACCGCCAAUCACAUACGCAGACCGCAACGCUAACGCAUUUGUCCGAGACCAUCUUCCACGUGGUCACGACACAGGUCAGCUGCGACACAGCUGAAGAGUCAACUGACCAAAGAUGGCACAUGCGGGCGACCUUCGUCACGUCCGCGAUUGGAACAUGACCGUGAGGCACAUGAUAUUUCAAGGAGAAGCUGAGGGGAAGCAGAUGUUCCCGCUGCGUUUGAGGACAUGCUCGAUACAGGAAGCCAGGUGUGCAUACUCACACAGACACCCAGGAAAGGGGCGGGGCCACCCCCCGAAUCUGUCAAACCCGACAAGAAUGCACCUGGUUGCGACUUCGACUUCUCUGCAGUCGUCAUCGUCGCCGCAAGCAAGUAUCGCGCGACCGUCGCAACAAUCAGAGCACGAGGAGUUGAGUAUGACUUGGAUUUCGAUAGCCAUGGUCGUCCAAUGGAGGCACGUCUGGUGCAUUCAUACGACACAGGCAUCUAUGCUAGGGCCAAAGGCAGCUACAGACGAAUGCCCAACAGCAAUGGUGUGUAUUGUCUGGGGUUAACCCGUGACGAGUUCUUCAACUUCUUCACCAAUCCAUUCUACAUCGAAACAACGAGCGAUGGGAAAGAGCUGAUAAGGAUGGAUUGGGACCUGAAGAGUGGAGGCUAUAGCUCAUAUCGUGGUACGGAUCGCGCGGUCAACCGCCCCUGGACUGGGAUGCCGGCAUGGCCGCCUACGGUCCCCUGGAUGCUGACGUCGGCAACAAAGCGACAAUUCUGAGGUUGCACUUUCCGUGGAACGGGGACACUCGCACACAGAAGUGGUGGGUUGUCACAGGUCAAAGUGACGAUUCGCCGACCGAAGUGCAUGCCGAAGUCGAGAAAAAGCAAUUCGAGCACUGGGUGGACAUCCCAGAGGGAGCCGAGAAUUGCAAGUAUUUCCAUGCGGUGGCGUUUGAUGAUCAAGAUGAGGAAAUGAAUCGGUCGCAAGUGGUGGCCACGUCAGCCUCUUUGCCCUAGACGUUCUCGCGUCCUUCGGCGGAGAGGCACCUGAAAGACUACGUUUGCGAGUCCACUAGACUUCACCCGGCAAACGCUAGAAAUGCACUGAGACAUUGAACUUCCCCUUUUCGAUGCUGAUAUCUGGCGGUGUCUCACUCUUGAGCCAGCCGUUCGGCCUUGCACAAAGUGUUUGAGGCUUGGGCGAACUUCCCCUUUGUGUUCACUUCAAAUCCUUAGAAAAAGGGGCAAAU